AUGAGUGAGGCAUCACUGGAAGGUCGUGGGCUCGAUUUUGGUUUGUUAAAUGCCUUACGUUUAACGUCUGUUCAAUUCAUUGAGUUACUAAUUCAGCAUGGAACAUCAUUAUAUCGUUUAAAAAGCUUAGUUAAAAUCGAUGAUCUGUAUGAAAAUGCGAAAGAAAAUGAAACAGAUUUAAGUAAUAUAUAUGGAAUACUAGAUGAUACAAUUGAAAAUAAAGCUGAAAAUUUCAGUGGUCAAGUUCUCUUUAAUUCAGUUGAUAUGAUAAGAACAAAUGGAUACAUCAAUAGUGUUUCGAUCAAUUUUCAUGAGGCUCCGACAAGUGUUAAGCCUCAAAUAUGGUUAUUUAUUCUUUCUGCAACAAAAAAUUCAACUCAGUUCACUAUUACACUUCAAUAUCAAAUUCCGUCUGAAGAUAUUAAACCAUUAGCCGGCAUACAAAAUUUUCAUUUAGGCACUUCACUGUUUACAUCAAAUGAACAAUUUUUGGCUAUUGGUUUCGGGGAAAAUACGGGCAACAUCUAUAGUAUACAUGAUCGUAAUCAGUAUUCUGUUGAAUUACGUAAUAUUUUAAACAAACAAGAAAAGAACACGCCUGUGGAUUUUAAUAAUGAACAAAGUCAAGGCAUUGCAUUUAGUUUUAGUAUUAUACGGCCUUCUGUCGCUAGUAAAAUUUAUCGAAGUGCAGCUGAUUUAUCAUUACUUGCUGAGGAUACAAAAAAAUUUCAAGAAAAGGAAAAACAAUUUGAUGAACAUGCAGCUCAUAUAAUUGAUCAAUGUUUCGAGGAAGAUGAAGAUUUUGGCAUACAAGUGUUAACUACGAAAUCUAAAAUAUACUUUGAUUAUAGCCCAUUGCGAUUGGCAAAAGAAAAUAACAGUCGUCGAUUUUUAGCAACAAAAUGUGUAGAAAGAUAUUUAGAUACAAUAUGGUAUGGUGAAGUAGAUAAACAUAAUCAUCAUAAAGUAUCAA